GCCGUCGCGUCCCCGCCCGCCGGCUGCUCCCUCGCCGCCGCGCUGCCACUGCCCGCCGCGCCCCGCUCCCGGCGAAGGGGCCGGGAGUCCCCGCGCUGCCACCCCGCCGGAGCAGCCCUCCCGGAGCGCGGGGGUGGGACCCGGGGCCCCUGUCUCGGCCCGGCCCGGCGCGUCCCGCCCUCAGAGGCGCUCACUCCCCCCGCGCCGCCGCCCCGUAUGUACCGGACGGCGCGGGCGGCCGGGCCGGGCAGAGCGGCGGGGAUGGGUCUCCGCGGCGGCCGCGGGCUGUACGUGGGGCGGAGGGCCGCCGCCCUGCUGGCCGCGCUGCUGCUGGCGCUGCUGGCCGCGCUGCUGGCGCUCGCCGCCCUCUACGGGCGCUGCCGGCAGGAGGCGCCGCCGCCGCCCGCCUGGCCCGCCGCCCCCUCGCCCGCCGCCCCCUCGCCCGCCGCCCCCUCGCCCGCCGCCCCAACGGCGCACGCUGCCGCCGCGGGCUCCGGCCGCCGCCUGCCCCGCCACCUUCUGCCGCUCCACUACGACCUGGAGCUGUGGCCGCGGGUGCGGCCGGGCCAGGAGGGGCCCUUCACCUUCAGCGGGCAGGUGAACAUCACGGUGCGCUGCCGGCAGGACACGGACGCGGCGGUGCUGCACAGCUCCGGGCUGCGGAGCCGCGGGGCCGCCGCCGUGCGCGGUCCCUUGCCCGAGCCCGGCGCCGCCGUGGAGGUGGCGGCGCUGCGGCAGGAGGCGGCGGGCGAGGUGGCGGUGCUGGAGCUGCGCGGCCGGCUGCGGGCCGGGCGCCGCUACGUGCUGCAGCUGGGCUUCCAGGGCCGGCUGGAGGAGGACCUCGACGGGCUCUUCCUCACCCGCUACACCGACCAGGGACGGAGCAGUAUGCUGAUUGCUUCCCAAAUGGAACCAACGUAUGCCAGGACAGUUUACCCAUGUUUUGAUGAACCUGCCAUGAAGGCCACAUUUAAUAUCAGAAUUGUCCAUGAUCCAAGCUAUGUGGCUCUUUCCAAUAUGCCUGCUAUUGAUGUAUCUGAAAUGAAGGAUGAAAAUGGAAGCCUGUGGACUGUUACCACAUUUAACACUUCACUGAAAAUGUCAACUUACUUGACUGCUUUUGUGAUUUGUGAUUUUGAUUAUGUCACCAGAACUGAGCGGGGAAACAAGAUACGUAUUUGGGCUCGGAAAGAGGCAGUUAAAAAUGGGUAUGUUGACUAUGCUUUAAAUAUCACAGGCCCAAUAUUUUCAUUUCUGGAAGACUUACUUAAUGUCAGCUACCCUCUGCCAAAGACAGAUCUGGUUGCGCUGCCUGAAUUUGGAGCAGGUGCUAUGGAAAACUGGGGGCUCAUGACUUUCCAAGAAUCAUCAAUGAUGUACCUCCCAAGUGAUAAAUUCACAAGCAGAAAAGCAAUGAUUGCCAUAAUUGUGUCACAUGAGAUAGGACACCAGUGGUUUGGAAAUCUCGUUACAAUGAACUGGUGGAAUGAUCUAUGGCUUAAUGAGGGACUGGCAUCUUACUUUGAAUACCUGGGAGCUACCUUUGUUGAACCCAAGCUUCCACUGGAUAAAAUAUUUUAUGAUCAUGUUGUACAACCUGUCUUAAGGGAAGACAAUGAAAUAGGAGUUCGAUCACUGUCAGAGAGUGAAGACAAGUUCAAAGAAUCAUUUUCAUUAAUGUCUCUUUUUGACAGCAUCACGUACAACAAGGGGGCUUCUAUUACCUGGAUGCUGUCUGGUUUCCUGACUGAGAAGUUGUUUAUCAGAGCACUUACUUCGUACCUGAAAGAAUUUUCCUUCUCAAAUGCUAACCAAGAUGACCUCUGGACCCACAUACAGAAGGUCAUAGAUGCACAGGAUGAAGUUCAGUUGCCAGCAUCUGUAAAACAUAUAAUGGAUUCCUGGACAUGCCAAAACGGGUUUCCAGUUUUAACAUUAAAUCUAACCACUGGCACAAUCAGUCAGGAGCGCUUUCUUAAUAAAAAGAAUGAAAACAGUACUGAUUCUUACAAUAACACAUGGAUUAUUCCUAUUUCUUGGAUGAGAAAUGGAUCAUCACAACCCUUAAUGUGGCUAGAUAAAAGCAGCAAAGUGUUUCCUGAAAUGCAAGUAUUGGAGUCAGAAUACGACUGGAUCCUGCUAAAUGUAAAUUUGAGUGGAUACUACAGAGUGAACUAUGAUCAAUUAAACUUAAAAAGAUUAGCACGUUUGCUUGAAAAUGAUCCAAAGGUUAUUCCCGCUGUCAGCAGGUUCCAGCUGAUAGAUGAUGUUUUUGCAUUGACACAGUUUGGAUAUGUUCAGAUUGAAACAGCGCUUGAACUAACAAAGUACCUUGCUAGAGAAGAUGAACUUUUCAUAUGGAAUGUGGUAUUGUUAAACCUAGUACCCGAGAAUUUGGAAAGUACUCUGAAAAACUAUGAAGUAUAUCCACUUUUAAAGAAAUACCUCUUAAAGAGAAUGUUGCCAAUAUACCAUUAUUAUGCAGGUUUUAUUCGUCAAAAUAUCGAUGCUUUGGAAGAUGACUAUUUUGCUCAAGUGUAUUUGGAAAAACUUUUUGCAACAGCAUGCUGGCUGGGCCUCCAGGACUGUUUGAAUCUGUCAUCUGAACUGUAUGCUAAGUGGAUGGACAACCCUGAGUACAAAAUUCCCUUUCUAAUUAGAAGAACAGUCUGCUGCUAUGGUGUUGCAGUGGGAAGUGACAAAGAAUGGAAUUUUGCAUGGGAAAUGUAUAACCAUACGAACUCCACAAAGGAAGAUAAAGACAUCCUGCUGUCUGCCAUGAGCUGUGCCAAAGAGUCAUGGUUACUUUACAGAUACUUGCAGUAUGGACUCAGUGGUACAUUAUUUUCUUCCAAUUGUACUUCAAUUGUCAUCUUAUAUGUGGUGACUAAGGAUAUUGGGUACCAUAUAGCCUGGGAAUUUGUUACGGAAAAUUGGCCACUUUUAAGUGAAAGGUACGGGAAGGAAUUAUUACAUGAUGUAUUAAAAGUCAUGGGCAGAUUUGUCAAUACAGAUGUACAGAUCCAAGAGUUGCAGGUUUUUUAUAAUGCUACACUGGAAGAGGAUGAGAGAGUGGCUACUACUCUACUACUGGAGUUUACAAAAUCUGAAAAUUUGGAAAGGAGAGAACUGCUAAUCAAAGUUGCCAGCUGGUUACAGAAAAAUGUAGAUGAUUGACUUGGAAAACUAUUUCCAGUGUAUUUCAGAGUAUGUUUAUUAGCAUUUUGGUAUUCAUUUUAAGGUGUAAUUAAAGGUAAAGCACAUUUUUAUGAGUCCUGUGGUUGUCUUCCCGACAGGAAAGUUUGACUAAAAUAAUUCACAAAGAAAAGAUUCAGCAAAGGAAAUGAGAGAUAUAUUUUCAUAUUGUAUCUAAAUUAAUUUCCUACUGAAUGAGUUGUUAGCAGGGAUCGAUGCAUUGCUAAUAAUAAUCUAACAUAUAGAUACAGUCCUAAAUCCUUUGGGGUUUUUUGAAUAUCUGAAUGAAAGGUAUGGUACAAGUUUGCAGCAAAAACACAUCAGAAAGCUGGAAAUGUUUUAUAUUCUGUUUUGCUUAUGAUUUGUACUGUGAUCUUGGGCAAGCCAUUUAAUCUGUCUCUCUCCACUUCUAUGCUUGUAAAUCGCAAAGAGGACAAUAUUUUAGAACAGCGGCAUGAAACAUAAACUUGAGAAUGGCUUCAGAGCUGUAGGGAGGAAAGGACCAAAGAAACCUUAGAUUUUAAUUGCAAUAAAUCAAUGUCUUGUCAUUCAAAUUUUAUUUUUCUUUAGCAGAUCUGUACUUAGUAUGCCUACAUUCACAUUUGUGUUUGAUUAGGAAUGUGCUUUUGAAGAUACCAUCCCAGUUGUCUCUGUUUAGCAUGUUUCAGCCCCCAAGGACGGUCUUGGAGUGUGUGAACUGGAUUCUUUUUGGAUGAAAUUUAUCUGAGAUGAUGAGCUCGUGGUGUGCAGCUGAUAGACACUGCCACCUGACAGUCAUUUUGCCGUAGCCCUAGAAUACAACUAAACUAACCCCUCUGGAAUAUCACCAAGCGCUUCCAUUCUUACUGCACUGAGCUGCUUGCUAAUGUAGACCUAGGGUUAAUCAUGCUUAUGCAGCAUUUUGGUGUUGACAGACAGACAGAACUCAGUCCAUUAGUAUUAGCAAACUGUACUGUCUUGUGGUUGAAAAUGUAUGGGAUCCUCAGUCCAUGCAAUUUACUUAUUUGUGGGUUAACAGUAUUAUGGCAAAAUUACUGUACUGGUGCUCAGAUUAACAUAGAAAACAACGUUAUGUGGGAAUGCAGGAAACCCAAGAAGUUAAAGUACUGAACUAUGAAAAGACAAGGAAUAAACCCCAGACUUCUUAAUACAAAUAAUUUUUCACUGGCACGCUCUAAACAAAAUUGUUGUGUUGGCGGCAAUGAAUCUUCUCUGCUCCCCGCAGCUACAAAGAAAAAUUGUAACUAUUUUGAGACUACCUAAGGAUGCCUUCAUUGUAUGGGAAUUACCAACUGGUGCAGUAGGUUUGUGCUGGAAUCAUUUGACCUCUUCAGCAUUUGAUUAAUUUAAAGGUAGUGCCAAAGAAAAUUGUGGGCAGUCUUCAUCAAGUUGAUUCAGAAAGCAGAGGAGGUCAUCAAGGCUGUGAUGAGUUAAGAGAGGUUUUGCUUCAGCAUUUUCUGUGAGUCCCACUAGUUAGUCACUGGCUCUGUGUGACUCACCAGAUGGGCUAAGCAAAGCUCAAGAAAGUAAUGUUUGCAGGGUUUAUGGACUAAACUUCCCACAACAGCAUUUUACCCCAAAGUCCAGUAUGUCCAAACCAUUUCCUUCCAACCAUGAGUAACCACUCUUCCUUUCUAACCCCUCUUCCUUAUUAUUCUUUUGUUGUCUUUUUCUACUUUCUACUGAACAACACAGUUUGAAAUGCCAAUAUGUAAACAAUUAAUAAAACAAUUUUAAAGAAGAAGUUAGUUUCAAAUAACGGCUCCUGACUAAUGUGUGCCUUUUGGCUGACGUUCUGUAUUGCAGAAUAGCAGCACAGUUUUCAUGGCAGAGGCACAUGGUGAAGGGGAUUGCUAAGCAAGCUGACUGAGCAGGAGCAGAUCUGAGCUGCUGUUGCUUACAGAGUCCACACAUUUGCACCUGGUGGCACCUAACAUGUGACAGCUGUACAAUGGCAGUUCUUGCUGCUGUUGACCACAGAUAUUUGAAGAGUGGCAACUGGGAGAUGCAGCAAGGGAAGAAGAGGUGCACAGGAGGAAUUCAGGGCGAGCUAGGAAAGCUGCUGUAUUGCAAAGGGAGUUGGGGUAUGUCCUGGUUUCAGCUGGGAUGGAGUUAAUUAUCUUUUUAGCAGCUAACGUGGUGCUGUGUUUCGGCUUUGAUCUGAGACUUUUCAGUUCCUCAGGCUUUGUUAGUGAAAAGGCUGGAGGGGCACAAGGAACUGGGAGAGGACACUACCAGGUCAGCCAACCCGAACUAGCCAAAGCACUAUUCCAUACCAUGGGACGGCAUGCCUGGUAUAUAUACCUGGGGGGUUGGCCAGGGUGGGCGGAUCAUUGCUCAGGGACUGGCUGGGCAUCGGUUGGCAGCUGGUGAGCAGUUGCAUUGUGCACCACAUGUGUCUUUCUUCCUUUCCCUCUGGAUUUUAUUCUUUCCCUCUCCCUUUUCAUUAUAACUGUUAUUGUCAUCAUUGCUACUAUUCUUUCAUUUUUAUUCUAUUUCAAUUAUUAAAUUGUUCUUAUCUCAACCCUCGAGUUUUACAUUCCUUUCCAACUCUCCUCGCCAUCCCUCAGGGUGAGGGGGGAGUGAACAAGCGGCUGCCUGGUACUUAAUUACCAGCCAGGGUUAAACCACAACAGGGUGAAAGGAAGUUCAUUGAAAAUGAGUAUGAGGACCUCAGGAAAUGAGCUUUGACAGUACUUACACAGACUGUGUAGGUGUUACGGGACGUGUCGUUGUGAAGAUGUGUGUGUAUGGGGCAAUUUCCAGCGAGACGAGAUGUGUCAUUGAUAGACAGGAUGCAUUUAGUAGGCCCUAAAGGGAGAAAAGGGAGGUAUCAUGGGAAAAGACCAAUUUUUUUGCCUCAAGUCCAGCUCUCUGCCUUGAGAGUGAGGAAGUCAAAAAGUCACACUUGUUCUGCCUUUACAGCAUGCAUGUGUGACAGGCCAGGAGACUCAGGGAGCUGGCAAGGAUGGGGAAGAGAUUGGGCAGUGGAAGGAGUGAGGGAGAAUUAGGACCUCAGGAAGAGGUGGAGGGCUUACCCAAGGUUGGAAGGGGUAAAAUGUUACAGGAAGUUUAGUCCAGUAUAGUUAUUAAAGGAUGAUGAAAAGCCAUGAGAGGGCCAGGGGUCCAAAGAGGAACAUUUCCUCAGAGAAACUCAACCUGAGGUAUUUUGAAGGAUUAUAUUGUAUUCUUUUGGAUCCCCUGUUGUUCAUCUAGAACAGGGCCAGUAGCCUCUCAGGUGUGUCCCUGUCCUCGUGCUGGUCACCCGCAGCUCCUCAUCAGUGCCCCUGCCCUGGCAUGAGUUGCCCACAGGCCACAGUCACCUUGGAGGCAUCCUUCCUCUGUCAUCAAGCACCUUCUCCCAAGUAUGUAUCUCCAGCUGUCCCUUCUUCCACGUGUCUCCUGCAGUUUGUUUCCCUUACUUUUUUCCUGCCCACCUACUGCUCUUUCUUAAAUACGUCUGAGCAGCAGUGCCAUGUGUUACCUUGACUUGCUGCAAUUUUGGUGUGUGAUGGGCUGGUUUUGUCCCUUUCUGAGCUGGCUGGACAUCGCUGUUAGUGCAUGGAGCAGCUCCUGGCCCACCAGCAGCCCCUGCUGCCUAAGCCCAGUGCUGAUCAAUACAGUCCCACUUCUACAGCCACCAUCACCAGCUGCCCCACAGCACACAGCUUCCAGCUUUACUCCAAAUGUCAGGGCUGGACCAAGAAAUCCUGUGUCACUGCUUGUCCCCCCACUGCCAUGCACUCUCCCUGCAGUUUCUCCAUCACUGUGAGCCAUGUUGUUCUCAUGAGAAAGAGAGAAUUCAGAGCUGUUCAAGGCAAGGUCCCAGAGCACUAGCCAGCUGCUCCUCUGCACCUCCUGGCACAGCUGCCCCACCCCACCCAUGCCCCCUUUUCCUCCCUGGCACCCCAAGGAGCCUUCCAGGCAGGUGAGGAGAAAGCAGCUGGCUAUGAGGCCUGGGUGGUCAAGGUGUGAGUGCCAUGCCACCUCAAUGCACUGAUGGCACACACAGAUGAAGCGGAUGGAGCAGCCUGCUUCUUUCAGCAUUGUUUUAAGUCCCAGAAGGGUGAGCAUGUGGUAGGGGAAAAGGCACUGGGGCUAAAGUACCUUAAAUGAACAGACAUGUGGCCUUGCUACAUUCCUGUUGUGCAAUGACUCACAGAGGAAAAAAGAGCUGUCAUCUCUGCAUCCCCUGGCCCAGAGGUGCAGGGGCUCCACUGGAGCCAGGUGUGAUGGAUGGACCCGACUCCUUGACCUUUGGUUCAGACUCCAAAGGCAAUAAAGGCCUAGGCUGUAACUGGGCCAAGAACUUCUCUAGUUCCAGUCUGUUCUCUGAAAGCCCAUGCAAGGAUGGGGUGACAUGGUGAGCACUGAUGCAUAUGAACUUGGAAACUGGAACACUGACCAUGUGAUUAACACAAGAAUAGCAGGUGGUUCUUCCAAGACUCAUUUGUCAAGGAACAAAGGAAGUUGUGAGUACAAAGGAGUCUUAUGCCCUUUUCUGUAACAUGGAAUUUGACUCUGAGCCAACUACUUUGUACCAUAAACAUGACAGCCUAAGUGAGCCACCUGCUAAGCAGUUGGCUGCAUGGUGGUGAUCUCCCCUUGAGAUGGGACACUUCUCAGGGUUACUCCUUGAGGCUGAGAGACCCCUUAAAAACUGCAGACCAACGUUACACAUAACCUUGUGUUACAGUGCAGUAAGAUUUUGUAUGGGUAAUUUUGAAUCAUUACUGUAUCCUCUGUGUGUGUACUCACUCACUCACUAUCUGUUAAGUUUCACUUUUACAGUAUUUUACUUCAA